UCAAGCGUGAGAUCUACGUCGGUGUAAUCCAAUCAAAAUGUCGCUAGAUUUUUUCCCAGAAGAAACAUUUAUUGAGAUGGUUCAGCGGAAUCCUGUGCUAUAUAACAUAUCAAAGAAAGGAUACAAGGACCACCUAGCAAAAGAAAACUGCUGGAAAGCAAUUUCAGAAUCGAUAAAUGUUCCAGUUUCAACGUGCAAGUCAAAAUGGAAGUGUCUGAGAGAUUAUUAUACCAGAAACAGGAAAGCGAAACCAACUGGAACGGCAGCAGAAUUCAAAAGUUUCCGAGAAAAACAAAGAAUGCAGGCUCUUUCCUUUUUGGCAAAUACAAGUUGUAUUGAAAGAACAACAUUUUCAAAUGUAGCUUAUCUAUGUUCCCAGCCAAUAAAUUCUUUGCCUGCCGUGCUAGAAGUGGAACCUACAACAUCGCAUGAAGUGGAACCUACAACAUCGCAUGAAGUGGAACCUACAACAUCGCAUGAAGUGGAACCUACAACAUCGCAUGAAGUGGAUCUUUCAACGUCCUGGGAAAACUGUUCCCAAGUAGAAGAUAGUUUGUCGCAGCAGCCCGCUGAAUUUGAAGCAGGCCAGGAAGACUUGGGGAAUGCAGUUAAAAAAGGCCAAAAACGAAAAUUAGAAAAAAGCUCCGCUCAGGGAAAAGUAUCUGUGAGAGACAGAUUUCUGAAAGAAAUGAGAGACAAUCAAUUACAAAGAACUGAAUGUAUUAAGUCGCUUCUUGAUCCAAAAGAAGAUAGGAAUCCAAUUGAUGAUUUUUGUUUGAGCAUAGGCUCAAUACUAAAAACCUUGCCAAGAAAAUUAAUGCUGCAAGCAAAGCAGGAAAUUUUUGCAGUUGCUUCUAAAUUCGAAAGUUUAGUACCGGAAACAGAAUAAAUGUUUUUUUUUUCUUUCUGCAAGAAUUUAAUAUUGUAUUAAUAACAAUUUAAUACUGUGUCUAAACGGAGAAUCAUAAGAAUAUUUAUAACAAUUAGAUUGUAGUAAGAAACUUUAUAAUGUGCAUAACAAAACAUA